UUAUUUUAUUUACCUAUUACGUAGAAUUAAUUCCAAACAUGACGGCUCAACUGAUGAUGACACCAAUGCAAGAAUGGAAGACUAUAUUUCCUGAUUUCAUUACAUUAGAAGGCUCUUGCUUAUUUAUUAAAAAACUUAUAGCUGUUUCAUUAUCGGCUGUGACAUAUAUUAGAGGAAUUUUUCCAGAAAAAGCAUAUGGUGAAAGAAAUUUGUAUGGUUUAAGACUUAAACUUUUAACGGAAGACUCAGGAAUGAAAUCUGUUACAAAAUUCAUCAAUCUAAUCAGAGGCUGUUACGAUGCUGUGGAAAAGAAAUAUCUACAACAACUGAGUAUUGGGAUUUGUCUAAAUAAAGAAAACCGUAAUGAAGUUAUAGAAGCAUAUAACUUAGUAUUUUCGUAUAAAGACGAUGAAUGCUCUGUAACAUACCAAAACAAAACAAAUAGUUUCUCUCCAAAGUUAACUGACCCUACAGUUGAAGCUUCCUUGCUGAUGUUAAAAAAUAUUUCUGUUAUAAAUAAUAUUCUUGGAGAAUUACCUAAAAAUGCUUAUUUGUCUUUGAAACUAUUAUAUUAUGAUGAUGUGACACCUGAUGAUUAUGAACCACCAGGUUUUGAACCAUCAACACAUGCAAAAUUUAGUUUUCCAACAAAAACAAUGAAUAUUGCAUUAGGAAAAGUAAAUACCAAAAUACAUGGUUUCAAAUUUCUUUUGAAAACAACUGUGAACAAACAGUCAUCAUCACAAAAUAAUACUGAAGAUCCCUUGUCACUACUUCCAGACUCUCAGAUGUCAAAUACAGAUGAAGCUACUCAGGAUGAUAUAUCAAAAGAAGAAUUAUUUAAUUCCGAAAGUUUGACAGAUGAAUCCCCAUUAAGAAAUAUAAUCAAAAAUACUAAAGUACAUCCUGCUUUAAAAUGUCCAUGCAAAUCCAAAUUGGCAACAAACUAUGACACAAUAAUUUGUGUAAGCUGCGAACUGCUGCAACAUAAAGUCUGCUACGGUAUUUUAAAACCAAAUGAUAUGCCAGAGAUCUUUUACUGUGUGGAUUGCAUUAUUUUAAACUCAGAUGACAGGAUGAUGUCUCUUGAUAUUAUAUAUACAUAUCAAGGCAAAGAACGUCAGGAGCUUUGUGCUUUGAGAAGAGCUCUUGCUUUAUGUUUAACUUUGGAAACUAUAACAAAUUCAGAUUUCCAACAAUUAUUUGGUUACAACACAGCUGCAACUACUGCUUUAAUUCAAAACCUGGUGUAUGAAGACUUCUUAAUAGAAAUACCAGGUACUGAAAAGUAUGAAGUGCAAAAGUCUCAAAUAAUUGAAUAUGGAUUACAGAAAUAUUUUCCAACAAAUCAUGAAGAAAAUGGCAGAAUAUUUGAGAAAGAUUCAAAGAAUGAUUCAAGGCAAAAGCAUUAUCAAUCUUACUCACCGGACAUUUCAUCAUCUGUAACUAAUAUUGACAUUGUUCAAACUCCUGUAAAAGAGGUGAAAGCUUUGAGCCUCAGCAACAAAUCACCAAAUCAAGGAAACAUUCCUAAUAAACGAAAAAGAAAAGUAUCCAGCAAGAUCUUAAGCAAUGAUGAAUCAGAGGAAGCCUUCAGCAGUCAAAAAAAGCAGCGAACAAAGAAAAAAAGGCGAUAAAAAUUAGAGAAAGCAAUAAGAACUGCUACUAAUGUAGAAACUUGGACUGUUUUAAUAUUUGGAAAUAAAACU